UGGAAAUGUCUUCUCAUAUCUUUUCAAUCUCUCAGACGAUUUCCUGCUUGCUUUUCCCAUCUUUGACUCUUCGCUGAUCUAACUUUUUUUUUUUUAAACAAAACAGCACACAAAACUCUAGGCCGCUACCCGCUUGUCGCUCUGUUUCUUUCUCUCUUUCUCUUCCCCACCGGUUCCUCGAGUAACUCAGUCUUCUCCGCCUGUACUUCUUUCCGGUCACUGCCGCAGCGCCGCCUUUUUGAGUGUCUCACCGUCAGUCAAACUUGAGGUCUGACUUAGUUGUGGUGGUUUGAAGAGGUGAAUGCAAGGGAUUUGGUGUUGUUAAGGUGGGGAGUCCGUAGAUCUGCUAAAGUUUUGGCUGAAAUUUUUUUUUUUAUUUUGGAAAUGGAGAGCUAAAGGUAUUUGGAUGGUAAGCGUAGGAAGGAAAGAGGAGAGCAGAGAAGAGAAAGGAGGAGGUGGUAGUGGCAGAUGAUGAACGGAGCUCAAGAGAGCGAUCGUAGAGGGAGGUGGCAUUUUUGUAAUUGGCUCACAUGGAAUGGCUGAUCUUGUUAGCUACGGCAAUGCCCAACGUGACAUCGACCAGGCAUUAAUAGCUUUGAAGAAGGGUGCUCAGCUUCUUAAAUAUGGUCGCAAGGGAAAGCCUAAGUUUUGUCCAUUUAGACUUUCUAAUGAUGAAAAAUCUUUAAUCUGGAUUUCAAGCAGCAGUGAAAGAAGUUUGAAGUUAGCCUCAGUCUCUAAAAUUAUUCCUGGACAAAGAACUGCUGUUUUCCAGCGGUAUCUCCGUCCUGAGAAGGAUUAUUUAUCCUUUUCUCUUAUAUACAACAACAGGAAAAGGUCACUUGAUCUGAUUUGCAAGGACAAAGUUGAGGCAGAGGUGUGGAUUGCUGGCCUCAAAGCAUUAAUAUCCUCUGGUCAGUGUGGACGCUCCAAAAUUGAUGGCUGGAGUGAUGGAGGCCUCUACCUUGAUGAUGGCAGAGACCUGACAUCAAAUAGUGCAAGUGACAGUUCUGUUAGCGCUGCUCAAGAUAUUAGCUCCCCUGGGGUUUCUGUAACUUUUAACCCAAACACUUCUCCAAAGAGUUUACGGCCUGAGAAUUCCUUUCAUUCUGAAAGGUCACAUGUAGCAUCAGACGAUACAAACAUGCAAGUGAAAGGAUCUGGUUCAGAUGUUUUUCGCGUAAGUGUUUCUAGUGCCCCUAGUACUUCAAGUCAUGGUUCUGCACCGGAUGAUUACGAUGCUUUAGGGGAUGUGUAUAUAUGGGGUGAGGUCAUUUGUGAUAGUGUUGUGAAGGUUGUAACUGAUAAAAAUGCCAAUUAUUUGAGCAUGAGAUCUGAUGUGCUUCUUCCCAGGCCUUUAGAGUCUAAUGUAGUUUUAGAUGUACAUAAUGUAGCCUGUGGGGUCAAGCACGCUGCCCUAGUUACAAGGCAAGGUGAAAUUUUUACAUGGGGUGAAGAAUCUGGAGGACGACUUGGCCAUGGUGUUGGGAAGGAUGUUAUUCAACCUUGUCUUGUUGAAUCACUGGCUGUUACUAGUGUUGAUUUUGUUGCAUGUGGAGAAUUUCAUACUUGUGCUGUUACAAUGGCUGGGGAGCUUUAUACAUGGGGAGAUGGAACUCACAAUGCUGGGCUUCUUGGUCAUGGUACUGAUGUCAGCCAUUGGAUACCGAAGAGAAUUUCAGGUCCUCUUGAGGGACUUCAAGUUGCUUCAGUAAGUUGUGGUCCAUGGCAUACAGCCUUGAUAACAUCGACUGGACAGCUGUUUACUUUCGGGGAUGGUACAUUUGGUGUCUUGGGCCACGGUGACAAAGAAAAUAUUCCAUAUCCAAGAGAAGUGGAGUCUCUAUCAGGAUUGAGAACAAUUGCUGUGGCAUGUGGAGUGUGGCAUACUGCUGCCAUUGUGGAGAUUAUUGUCACUCAGUCUAGUGCUAGUGUUUCAUCAGGAAAAUUAUUCACAUGGGGGGAUGGGGACAAAAAUCGACUUGGACAUGGAGACAAGGAGCCCCGGCUUAAGCCCACAUGUGUUCCAGCACUAAUUGAGUACAAUUUUCACAAAGUUGCUUGUGGGCAUAGUUUAACAGUUGGUUUGACAACAUCAGGGCAUGUUUUUACGAUGGGAAGUACGGUGUAUGGUCAACUUGGGAAUCCUUAUGCUGAUGGAAAGAUACCGUGUUUGGUAGAAGACAAGCUUUCAGGGGAAUGUGAUGAAGAAAUUGCCUGUGGUGCAUAUCAUGUAGCAGUUUUAACAUCCAGAUAUGAAGUCUAUACAUGGGGAAAAGGAGCAAAUGGUAGGUUGGGCCAUGGAGAUGUUGAAGAUCGAAAAACUCCUACUCUGGUUGAGGGUUUGAAGGAUAGACAUGUGAAAUAUAUUGCUUGUGGUUCAAAUUAUGGUGCUGCAAUAUGUCUCCAUAAAUGGGUAUCUGGUGCUGAGCAGUCUCAAUGCUCGGCUUGUAGACAGGCUUUUGGAUUCACCAGAAAGAGGCAUAACUGCUAUAACUGUGGACUCGUGCACUGCCAUUCUUGCAGUUCAAGGAAAGCACUAAGAGCAGCUUGGGCCCCUAAUCCUGGGAAACCUUAUCGUGUCUGUGAUUCUUGUUUUGCCAAACUGAACAAGGUUUCAGAAGCUGGUAAUAACAGGAGGAAUUCUGUACCUCGCCUUUCAGGUGAGAACAAGGACAGAUUGGAUAAGGCUGAAAUAAGAUUAUCCAAAUCUGCAACUCCUUCUAAUAUGGACUUGAUUAAGCAGUUAGAUAGCAAAGCAGCUAAACAAGGAAAAAAAGCCGAAACCUUCUCCUUGGUUCGCUCUACACAAGCACCUUCUUUAUUACAGUUGAAAGAUGUUUUGUCUACUGCUGUAGAUUUGCGAUGGACAGUUCCUAAACCAAUUCUUACUCCAUCUGGUGUAAGCUCCAGAUCUGUUUCACCUUUCUCAAGGAGACCUAGCCCUCCACGUUCUGCUACACCAGUUCCAACAACAUCAGGACUUACUUUCUCCAAAAGUAUCACAGAUAGUUUGAAAAAGACAAAUGAACUUUUGAACCAAGAAGUGCUUAAGUUGCGUGCACAGGUUGAAACCCUGAGAAAAAGAUGUGAACUCCAAGAAUUGGAGCUUCAAAAAUCAACAAAGAAAGCUGAGGAAGCUUUGGCAGUGGCUGCUGAGGAGUCUGCCAAAUCUAAAGCUGCAAAAGAAGUUAUAAAGUCAUUGACAGCACAGUUCAAGGAUAUGGCUGAGAGGUUGCCACCUGGAGUUUAUAACACUGAGAACAUUAGAUUAGCAUACCUGCCAAAUGGCUUGGAGCCAAAUGGUGUUCGCUGUCCAGAUGCAAAUGGAGAGGGACAUCUGAGAUCUGAUUCAAUUGGUGGCUCUUUCCUUGCUUCUCCCCAUGCAAUCGACUCUACUACAAUCAAUGGCACUCAGAGCCCUGCCGAAUUACAUUGGGUACCGACUGGAGCCAAUGGUAGCGAUGACCAUUCAGAUACUAAACUGCCGAAUGGUAGUGGAGGUUUUCAGGCAGGUAGCAGUAGUGUGUCAGAGGCUAUAGAUGAAAGGGAAUCUGGGUCUUAUGGAGAUGGUGAAAAUGGUAUGAAAUCUAGAAAUUCUGCAUUGGUUGCUAAUGGCAAUGAAGUGGAGGCUGAGUGGAUUGAACAGUAUGAACCUGGAGUCUACAUAACUCUUGUAGCACUGCGGGAUGGAACUAGAGAUCUCAAACGAGUGCGAUUCAGCCGGAGAAGAUUUGGAGAGCACCAAGCGGAAACUUGGUGGUCAGAAAACCGUGAAAAGGUGUAUGAGAGGUACAAUGUUCGUGGAUCAGACAAAGCAUCGAUUUCUGGGCAAACUGCACCGAGAUCGGAUGGAGCUCUCUCACCCGCUUCGCGAGUGUAACAAAAGGAGGAAGGGAAAUUAGCCUCCCAUCCAUUUUGUGCAGUGAUUAAGCAAAGGAGCGAGAAAUGAAGCAGGAACCCCCUUUUCUCUUUUUUCGCUCUUUACAAAUUUCAUUUUGACUCCCCAUCUUUUUUUUUUUUUUUAAUUUUAUUUUGUUCCCCCUCGAUUAGUUAUUUUCUUCCAUUUAAUUUCCGGGUAUUUACCCUUUACAUAUCUGUUGUAUUGUAGUGUAUAUAAAAAGCAACAAGUUUUUGUUCCUUGCUUUCUCCAUCCCCAGUUCCCCAUAACUUCUCCUUUGUUUUUUGUCUGCCUCUCUUUAUGUCAGCUUGUCUUUUCUUCUUUUAAAACUAUUCUAUUUUGGUUGGCUUGGACUAACAAAAAAGGCUCAACUCUGCUGUUAUAAAAAUUCAUUCUGGUGACCUGCAAAUAUUGAGUUCCCCCCUGUAAAUUGGACUCAUGAGAUGUCGAGUUGAAAAACUAUUUAGGGUGAAAUGAUUUGGACAAAUACAAGCCGGUUGUUGCACACCCAAAAUCAUUGGAAGUAAACAAUGAUUCCUUCAUUUCGUUUAAUUUCAUCCAUUUUCAACCGUCUUAAGUUGCCUCUUCCCCCUCGGCAACUCAUAUUCUAAAACGUGCAAAAUUCUUAAACGGUAAACUACCCCAUA